AUGUGUGCAAGUAAUAAUGAUAAAGGACGUAAUAAAAGUAAAGCUUCAUAUGGUAAUGUUGAUGAUUGUUUUGUACGUGCUUAUAAUUCUUCAACAAGUUCAAUAAGAAUAUUAUCUGAUGAUGAUGUUAUUGAUGAACUAUCAAUUAUUGUUUGUUAUUUAUUAACAUGUUCAUUAUUUAAUAGAUUUUGUAUUUUUAUUUGGUCGUUAUUGAUUUGUGGUGAAUUAGUUGAAGCCUAUCUUUCUUGA